GUCGGGGCGCCGUCCGCGCCGCGGGCGGGAAGGCGCCGCGUCUCGCCUCAUGUCGCCUCGCCCCGUCCCGCUCAGAGGCCCUCGGGGCGGCUCGGGGUGCCGGGAGCUGAGCGGUGCCGUUCGGGUGGUCCGUGGGACGGCGGUGCGCGCUCUCGGUGCCCGCGGGGCGCGGAGGACAGCGCUGUGUUUGUGCUGACGGAUCUCUGCAGCGGCUGCACAGCAGCGGGGUCACUGCUGGGCUCACACAGCCGUCCCGUUCCCGUGCUACAGGCGUGCCCUGUGUGCGCGCCGCGAUGCGAUGGGGCUGUGGCGGUGUUUCGGCUGCGAGGCUGCGGUGGCAUUGGCAAAGUUGCAUCUGCGUACUGCCGAGUGCGAGCACGCAGCUCAAAGCUGUUCUUUCCUGUUAUUUGCACCUGGUGGUGACGGUGCGCGUGUUUCCUGAGCCCUGGGUGCUGAGCGCUGCUUCCAAGGCUGUGCUAUCGGGAGGGUUUGUAACGUAGCUCAGGAGGCAGGAGCACACACCGGCCUCCGAACCAAACUGCCUUGUAAUUCUGACAGAACUGUGCUGCUCUCAUUUCAGAUUGGAUGCACUAAGUCACAACUAGAGAGUAUAGUGGGUCCUAGGCUUUAUUAUCUCAGUUUCUUACUACAUCUCAGGUGUACGCAGCGUUGAUGAGCACGCUGGCUGUCAUUAUCCCACAAUGUUGGUGUUUCAAGGAGCUUUUCCUGAGGUCUGAUGCCGGUCAAAAAGGGCCGAUGACAGAGCUGCGUGGCAGCACUGCGUGUUUUGGGGCUUUACCUUGCGCUGGCUGGUCCCAGCUGCAGGAAGGGGAUGUGUGUCUUCCCAGGCCUCCCCAGCACACCGGUGCCUGGGAGCUGUUCAUUAGGAGCUCCCAGAGAAAUAUACCAAGGCAGUCAUUUCAGCUGUGCUUUGGGCCACAGAGUUGUGUCUGGGGCUCAUAGUUCUGCAGUGCCUAGUGAACUGUUCAGCUUCUGGCUUUCCUCUCAAGUGAGCUUUGCACACUGCCCCCAAAGGCUUUUGAGGUGAAUCGUGUUUCGAUUUGCCUAACGGAGCCACCACUGAAAGGAGCCUGGAUGUGGCUCUGGCCACGGCUCCUUCUUGCUGACAAGUGCAGGGCAAUGCCCAAAACAUGAGGGGUUUGGGCCCACUGUCCUGCUGCGCAGAACGUCCUGUGCUGGGGACAGCAGCAGUGCCAGCAGGCUUCCAAGUCCUCCCCAGCUCUGUCACAGUCUCCUUUGUGACAUCACAAAGCCGGCAUGACAUCAGUCUUGGCACAGUCACGCUGGCAGCCUCCCGCAGCUCAGAUACGCAGGGCAGCCGCUCUGUACUGGAGGUUACCUCUGGAGCUCCGCUCAAGGUAGCAGCCACUUUGUGUGUUGGAUUGUUCCUUGGGAGAGAACAGGAUGAAACUCACCCUGACUCUCUCCCUGACUGUGGCUCUGUCCAUAGUUUCAUUUAUCUGGGAUGGCUUUGGCCGUUCCAGCUUUCAUGGCCUGGUCUCUGACAGCGAGCAAAAGCUGGCCCUCCCUGACAAGCAGCUGCUCGCUGACACCCAGGGCCAGGCCUCCAACUGGCUCCAUCAGCUUGGACUUCCUCGCAGAUGGGUCUGGUUCAGGCUGAGAAGACUCAGUAUUGCAGAGGUCCCAAAGCAGCAGACCAAAGGCAUAGAACAGCAGGCCUUCACUGGGCCCUGGUGGUCUGGCCUUUCAAUGCUCCCUGUCAGGAUCCAGAAGAGUGUCAGCAAGAUGGUCCCUGCUCAGGAGCAGCAGCCUGUCGACACCGAGCACCAGGCUUCAAACUGGCCCUGCUGGCUUGGCCUGUCCACUUGCCCCAGACGGGUCCGAUACAGGGUUGGCAAAGUUGUCCGUGCGGAGGUCCCAAAGCAGCAGACCAAAGGCACGGAACAGAAGGCCUUCACCGGGCCCUGGUGGUCUGGCCUUUCAAUGCUCCCUGUCAGGAUCCAGAAGAGUGUCAGCAAGAUGGUCCCUGCUCAGGAGCAGCAGCCUGUCGACACCGAGCACCAGGCUUCAAACUGGCCCUGCUGGCUUGGCCUGUCCACUUGCCCCAAACGGGUCCGAUACAGGGUUGGCAAAGUUGUCCGUGCGGAGGUCCCAAAGCAGCAGACCAAAGGCACGGAACAGAAGGCCUUCACCGGGCCCUGGUCGUCUGGCCUUUCAAUGCUCCCUGUCAGGAUCCAGAAGAGUAUCAGCAAAUUGGUCCCUGCUCAGGAGCAGCAGCCUGUCGACACCGAGCACCAGGCUUCAAACUGGCCCUGCUGGCUUGGCCUGUCCACUUGCCCCAGACGGGUCCGGUACAGGGUCGGCAGAGUCAUCACUGCAAAGGGCCUGAAGCAGGAGCCCCUGGGUAUGGCGAAGAAGUCCUUCAGCUUGCCAUACCCCCUGGAUCUCCUCUGGGACUACACUGCUCGGCACACAUUAGCUUCGUUCAUUACGGGGGCGUUGGUAGUCAUCUUCAUUGAGUGCCUACUGUGGAUUGCUCAUCGUCUCUGGAGAUAAGCAGAAAGACCUCUGGAACAGGUGAGCGAUGAGAUGCAUUGCAGAGGAAAGGGGGCUGCUGGUGGGGAGAGGGAACCACAAAGACCUUGUCCGUGAAAGCUUUCAAGGAGAGCAGGCUCCCAAAGGUCCAGUACCUCUCCCCAAGGACUCGCUCAUUCGCAGGGUGACACCCACUGGAAGCCCCCUGUGGAACACGGGGCCUGCUGGAGGUGGUGCGAGCCCCAUGCGCUGCACUGAGCAGUCCUGUGAGGGUGAACUACCUCCAAAGGAAGCCAAGCCCUGAAAAAUAACGCGCUGUAAAACGAGCCUUUUUCCCUCUCACUGUGAUCGUCCUCUGUUCACUUCCAGAGAACAGAGGAAAUGGUGUGAGCUUGUAAGAAAAAACUGUUCAGAGCAACAGCUGUGAGCAAGAAACAACUGUUCAGAUCAGCAGCUGUGGAGCAAGACAAGUGGCAUGAGAACCAAGGACGCCUUUAGAAGAAGAAAGAACAUGUCACGACUCUAAUUGGAUAAGCUUCUGUGUGAACGACUGAAGAGUGUUUUUGCAGAAUGCUCUGCUAACAUGUAUCAACAAAGUAGUGCUUAACAAUA